ACGCCCAGACACCCUCCGGCUCAGACAUGCUGCCGCUGCUGCUGCUGCCGCUGCUGUGGGCAGGGUCCCUGGCUCAGGAUCCGAGAUACCGGCUGAAGAUGCAGCCGUCCGUGUCGGUGCAGGAGGGCCUGUGUGUCCGCGUGCCCUGCUCCUUCUCCUAUGACACGGACGUCCUCAGUGCUUCUAGCCCUGUUCACGGCUUCUGGUUCCGGGAAGGGGCCGGUGUAAACUCGGAUGCCCCCGUGGCCACAAACAAAUUAGAUCGUCAAGUUCAGGAGGAGGCCCAGGGCCGAUUCCACCUCCUCGGGGACCCCAGGAACAACAACUGCUCCUUGGAGAUCAGAGACGCCAGGAAGAGCGACAGCGGUUCCUACUUUUUUCGUGUGGAAAGAGGAAGUAUCAGAUGGGGUUACACGUCUGAACAGUUCUUCUUGAAUGUGACAGCGCUCACCCACCAGCCCCACGUCCUCAGCCCGGGGGCCCUGGAGGCCGGCCGCCCCGGGAACCUGACCUGCUCUGUGCCCUGGGCCUGUGAGCGGGCCACGCCCCCCGUCUUCUCUUGGACGUCCGCUGCCCCCAGCUCGCUGGGCCCCAGGACCCCCUUCUCGUCGGUGCUAACCCUCACCCCACGGCCCCAGGACCACGGCAGCAGGCUCACCUGCCAGGUGAAGUUCUCCAGAAGCGGGGUGAUGGUGGAGCGGACCAUCCUGCUCAAUGUCACCUUCCCAGGUGCUCCACAGAGACCAGUGACCAGAGACUUCCAAAGAAACAGCACAGUCCUGGUGGCCUUCUGGGAAGCGGCUGUCAAGAUCCCACUCCUCUUCCUCUGCCUUCUGGCCCUCCUCGUGAGGUCCUGCAGGAGGAAGACAGCCAGGCCUGCAGGGGGCACCUCAGAUGCAACCUCCAUCCCAGGUUAACCCUUCAGCACAGCUCAUCUUGAAGCCCAUCUCCUCCCGGUCCUGACCCUGGUCCUUGCAGCAGCCUCAUCUCUUCCCUGAGUCACUGAACCCACCUACCUCCUGCUUCCUCUGGCUGGGAAACACGCCCUCGGGUCAGAGGACUCACCAGAGACGGUUCCCAUCCACUUCCCACACAGUUGGAGCAGCUGUGUUUCCUCCCCACUCAGGGGACGGAGGGGCCCACACCACAGGUUGGAUUCGAAGCCCUGGUGGGCCCUCCGUGCUGACUCUCCACACAGAUUAGCCCUCUGUCUGCAUCUCCCAACAUCUCCACACCCAGCCUGGUCAGAAUCUGUGACUCUGAGACUCUCUAUGUGCAGUGCCUUUUCCUGAAACGCCCUUUCCUCCCCACCCCUGCCUCCCUGAGUCCUGAGCAACCUGCAGGCUCAGGCUUCACCAUCACUGUGUGUGUGUGUGCACUUCAUUGUCUGGUUUUGCCUGGAAGAGCCACAUAUGUUUAAUUGCAGAGUAUUCAUAAAAUACUACUGCACAUCUACUCUAAGCCAUCUUGUGGUAGGUGCCCAGUGGGCAUCAGUGAAUACAACAUCAAAAUUCUCUGUCAUUGGGACUUCCUUGGUGGUUCAGUGCCUAAGACUUCCCUCCCAGUAGGUCAGCUGGGUUUGAUCCCGGGUCAGGGAACUAGAUCCCACAUGCUGAAACUAAGAGUUCACAUGCUGCAACCAGAGAUCCUGCAAAGGGCAACUAAGACAGCUAAAUUAAAAAAAAAAAGUAAAUAAAUAUAUAUUUAAAAAAAUCUGUCAUCAAUCAUAGGGCCCAGAUUUGUGGUUGCCUAGGAGAAGGGGUGAUGGGAGAUGGAUGGACUGGGAUUUUGUGGUUAGCAGAUGCAAACUGUGAUAUAUAGAAUGGAUAAACAGCUAGACCCUCAUUCUACUACGUAGCACAGGGAAUUAUAUUCAACAUCCUGUGAUACACUAUUAUGGAAAAGAAUAUGAAAAAGAAUAUAUAUGUAUGUGUAACUGUUAGGUAGUUAGAAUAGGAAAAAGGAGUCUGGAAUGGCCAUGACUAAAAGACAAGGAAGGGAAAAGCCCAUGAAAAUAGAACAAAGGAAGGUCUGAGGACCUGAGUGAGGACCUCAGACAGAACAAACAGCACUCCUGGCUAGCCCAGUUUACAUAGGGCAGGCCCAGGGGGAGAAAUAACAUAUAAAAAGAGGAGCCAAAGGGCCUGGGGGGUUGGGGGGGCCUCUCUUCUGCACACAUGCAUGUGCGAGUGCUCUCAUGUACUUGCUCUACUCUUCAUGUCUUUUGGGUCGGCAUGCCCUCAUGCCUCGAGGAUAUAUUUUCCUUUAUUUUCUAAAUAAAGCCUAGCUGUAACACGGAGCUGUACCACUGAUCUGUCUGAAAGCUGUAACACGGUCUGUGAGAGCUGAGACACGAUCUGUCUGAGGGCUUUAACGUCCGUCACUUCAAAUUUUUAUGGCGAUGAGACAGAACCAAGGAAAUUACACAUUCCCCUGAUAUAACUAAAUCACUUUGCUGGACAGCAGAAACUAACACAACAUUUUGUAAAUUGCAAAUCAACUAUGACGUGGUCUGGCAUCGUUUCCAACUCUUUUGUGACCCCACGGACUGUACCCGCCAGGCUCCUCUGUCCAUGGCAUUUCCCAAGCAAGAAUACUGGAGUGGGUUGCCAUGGCCUCCUCCAGCGGAUCUUCCCAACACAGGGGUUGAACACAUCAAUAAAAAAGUUUCUUUUUUACAGCUCUAUCAUGAAGAAGCUGUCCUUCUGGAAACAAAGAUACAAAGAAAAGGAAAUAAGGGAAAAAAUUGAGAGUGUUGGAUGGUAAUAUGUGUUUAGAGAAGCAUCACCCA